AUGCCCUGGGGCGUUGGAACCUUGUAUACCGUGGCCAUCACAACUUCGGUCAUUCUAACAACAGCAUCUCAAUUGGCCUCGACUUUCUUGCUUUCUGAUUUCGCGGUAGUCAAUGUUACUGCACCGCAAAAGACUGCCGAUAUGCUGUAUGGCAACAGCUACGUCAAAACUCCUGUAAUCAUGCAGGGCACCAGCAUCUGGAAGUCAAAGCCUUGGGUAUAUCCCAGGUUUGCGGAACUUCGGAGCCGACCUGGCCAGCAGUCCGACCAUCACGAAGAUACAGGUACUAUACUACGAGCAUUCAUUCCUUUUACGAAUGAGCCAAGCCGUAUUCGUCUACGAUCUUAUGAAGGGCCUACUGCUGUUAUAGACUCUAGAGUGGUCUGCGUGCAGCCCGUCAUCAGCAACGUCACAUUUUCUGCGGUUGCUUUUGACUACCUGAAGCACGAGCAGCUAGACACCUACAGAGAGGUCAAUGUCUUUGGAUACUUUAGCAUACCAGAAGGUGAUGAACAGCUGCCGAUAGAUCAAAACCUGCCGGCCGAUGACCAGGACGACCUUCACCAGAUAGGCGAGUUAAAGUGGUCAUUCAACUGCGUUGUGCCCGCUGAAGACAUUCACGGUUACUCGAAAGAUGACCCCCUCGCUUCGCGAAUUGAGAACUUUUCAAUCUGCCUAAUUCACAGACCUUGGAAGCAAGGGUGUCUCUGCUCCGUGUCCUUCCAGGACUUCAGGUCUCUCAAGAUUUACAUCGCUUGCAUCUUGUUUUAUCUUCUUGCCGCGGUGGCGGCAGUUGUCUGGUCAUAUCAGGGACCCGCGGUUGACAGAGACUACUACUACAUGCAACGCGUCUUCCGCACGCCGGACGCCUUGAAGGUCGACCAGCUCUACUCCGGUAUCGCGCUUUCAGCACUACUUGCCCCGGCGGGAAUGUUGGUCCAAUGGAUUAUGCACGACUUCCGACACCUUCGACUCUUCGCUCUCACGGCGCAGCGGCCCGUUCUCCUGGCGGACUUGGACAAGAUCGGAGACGACUCGAGUGCUUGGACGCUACGGAUUCUGGGAAAAUACUCGUGGCGGUACGCUGUCAUGCAGGCGGCCCUCAUCGUCAUUCGCACUUCGAUCGUUCCCGUCGGCACACUUAUGCUCACCACCGGAGCGUUUUACGAUAACAUCACAAGUGUUGACGUUGUAGGAAUGCCCAUCCUCCCAUCGGAUGAUUCCUCCGUUACAAGGUUGGCCAAUGCGAUGGGGUGGAACGGGCAGGGUACCUUCAAGCAGACUCUCGGUGACAACGAUAACUUCCUCUCGCGAACCGUCUACACCUUUGUUGGAAACAUUGUCAGCCAAAGUGCCCUCGUCGACGUCUUCUCAGGCGUCAUUGUCUUGUACCACUGGGACGCCAACUGCGAAGCUGCUACCGAGAUACCGUUCACCACCUCUCUCAACGGCGCGAACGCUUCCUUCACCUUCACCCUCCCCGAUUCCAGCAACCAGACGAUCGACGUUACCCCCAGGAAGCAGGAGUCGCAAAGCCUGCGCCUCUGGAACAGCGCAGCCAAUACCUCCAUCAACGAGGUCCCCAUUGGCGGCACCACAUACUUCAUCUCCGCGGGCCCUUCUUCAUCCCUCAAGGCCGAGACUCUCACCAACGAUAGCAGCCUCACACAAACGGCCGAGGGCCACUGGAUCUCCCGUAGCAAGUGCACACCCGAGUUCUCAUGGGAAGUCGGUGCCUGCACGUACAACGGAACCUUGAUGACGGACUGUGUGGGCAACCCGGGAUCAAACACCACGGCCAUCGAUACAGCUGCACUAGACGUGCUGAAGGACUACAUGACUGCCAUCCCCUGGUGGAUCUUCCGCGAGCAACUCCAAAUCGUCGACAAAACGAUUGAUACCCUGUACGCGAUACCCACCGCAGAAGACUGGGGCCACUUCUUCGGCAACAUCGCACAGUCCAUCGCCGCGAUCUCGACGGCUGGGUACUUUGGCACCGCUAUCGUGCCCGUGGUAGCGAGGGUUAAGGAGGACGUGUACAUAAAGCGGACCGUGGUGCUGUGGAUCGUACUGGCGAUGCUAGGCGUCGUCUUCUCUGUCAGCUGUCUGGAUAUCUGGAGGAGCAAGUCGCGCGGUCUGCCGUUUAGAGCGGCGACGUUCUUGGCUAUUGCGAAUGCUGUCAGGGGGCCUUGGUGGGAUCAGGAGUUGCAUGGGAGCUGCGCUGCUGAUGAGUUGACUAUGCAGAAGAGGAGCUCGGCGUCGGUCAUGUUUGGGGUCGAUGCGAAUAACUCGUACUCAUCUUGGGUUGUUGCCAGCGGCGGUGCUACCGAUUCAGCGGGAUAG